AUGCCGCGCAAGGGUAUAGUCAAGGUCCGCACCGGCUGCAUAACAUGCAAGUACGACGCCUUCCUCAAGUGCGAUGAAGGGCGGCCGACGUGCUUUGUCUGCCAAAAGGCCGGCAAGCUGUGUCGAGGCUACGCACCACCGCCCGUCGGCUACUACUCAUGGCAAGACUUGCUCCUCCUCAGCAAGCCCGUCCAGCCCGGGCCGUCCCACAUCCCCGGCGCCUCUGUCCUUGAGCUGCGAAACAUUGCCUUCUUCCAGCGGGUCGUGGCGCCGUCGGUCUGCGGGCCGGUGCCGCACUCGCUUUGGACGAUGGUGGUUAAUCAGAUGGUGCACGCCGAGCCGGCGGCCAGACACGCCGUCAUCGCCAUAGGCUCGCUGCACGAGAACUCAGCGCAUGUCCUGGGCAGCGAUCCGAUGGCGUCCGGGCCUCUGGACGCAGACCGGCACGCCAUCACGCAUUACAACAAUGCGAUACGAUGUCUUACCGCGCCAGGGCUGCGCUUCUCCAACGACACGAUUCUCCUCAUUUGCGUCUUGUUUAUUGCGAUAGAGUUUCUUCGCGGCAACGUCGAAGCGGCAUCUACACACAUCAGAAACGGCAUAUCGCUGCUAAACUCCGUGGGCAGCGCCAACGAAGACCUAGUCUUUGCCCUGCUGCAUCUCGCCAUAUUCCCGUACUACUUCGCAAUGGGUCCAGCCAGCAGUCUAGAGGUUCCGCUGUAUUUAGACCGGUCGCGCUUCCCACGGAUAUUCCCGAGUUCAUGCCAUGCGCAGGCCUGGCUCGACCUGCUCGCCUUGCGCACCGUGCGACUUGUCCGCCAAGCGAAAGAGCGCCGCGCCGGGGUCACAGCAGCGGUGCCCCUCGAGGAGAUUACGGAGGCGGCGCGGGUCCUCGACGGGGAUCUGGACGCGUGGUGGUCUACAUUCUGCACCUCGCGCGCUGAAAUGCAGGGCGACCUCGAGGUCAUGGCCCGCCUGCUCGAAGCGAGAUUCCUUCAUGCAAAGAUGAGAGUCGGCACGAACCUAGACCAAGACGAGCACAUAUGGGCGACCCAGGAGUCCAAGUUCCACCGCUUCGUAACGGUCUGCCAGGAGGUGCGAAACGCAUGGCUGUCUGACAGCGGCAAAAGCAGGAAGUUUGCGUUUGGCAUGGGCUUCUGUCCGCUGCUGUUUAGGACCGUGCACAAAUGCCGCGUGCUGGAGCUGCGGCUCGCCGCGCUGUCGCUCAUGGACGAGCUCUGCUGGGCGCGUGAGACGGUCUGGGACCGGACGAUGCUGCGGGCACUGGGCAAAAAGAUAAUUGAGGUCGAGCACGGCGUAGUGCUGACGCCGGAGACGAUGAAGGCGUGGCGGGAAGUAGACGCGACAGAGCUUGCCGUGCCAGCCGACGCGCACCUGAUCCGGGAUUUUGUUUUGCACCCUGGGCCGGACAUGACGAUGAACGCUGAUGGCUCAAAGACGUGGAAGAGACGGGUGACGCUCAUUCUGACGGGUCCAGGGGGUAGCUCAGAGGGGCGUUUGGAGGUGUGUUUUGAGAUACGAUGA